AAAGGGUGGAGCAAGUGGCUGGUGUUUCUAAAUGAUGACUGUUAGUGACGAAGCACGCUUCUAAAGGAUUAGCUAGUCAUUUUCUGAAGAAGGAUCUGCAUCCGUGGGACAAGAGGUUGCAAGAUGUCUAUAAGACAAAAAUGCAUGGCUAUGAAAACCAUUUAAAGACCAGCAAAUCAAGAUAGUCUUCCAGGAAAUUAUCACGAUGAACGUUACGACAGCCACGUUUACUCUGUCCUGUUCAUCCAAUGUCACGGCAGCACCUCUUGGGGGUUAUGUCAUCACCUGGAGGAUGGCUAUGGUCGUUCUUAUUACAGUCCCGCUCUCUGCCAUCACCAUCAUUGGCAACAUCCUGGUCAUUGUUGCCUUCCACGUCAACCCUAUCCUCAGGACAGUCAGUAACUACUUCCUGUUGAGCUUGGCUGUGGCUGACCUCAUCCUGGGCACCAUCUCAAUGAACCUCUACACCACUUAUAUCCUUAUUGGACGCUGGACAUUAGGCAAUCUGGCUUGUGAUGUGUGGCUGGCUGUGGAUUAUGUAGCAAGUAAUGCCUCUGUCAUGAACCUGCUGGCCAUUAGCCUUGACCGUUACUUAUCCGUCACGCGACCUCUGACCUAUCGGGUCAGCCGCACGACCAGAAGGGCAGCACUGGUGAUUGCUCUGGCAUGGGGUAUAUCUUUCCUGCUUUGGGCACCAGCCAUCUUGUUCUGGCAGUACAUAGUAGGUGAAAGGACAGUGCCUGAAGAUCAGUGUUCAGUCCAGUUCCUAUCUCAGCCUGUGAUCACAUUUGGAACAGCCAUUGCAGCUUUCUACUUGCCUGUCAGUGUGAUGGUGGGUCUGUACUGGCGGGUGUACCGAGAGACGGAGAGACGUUCGCGGCAAUUGGCUGGGCUAAUAGCAUCCCGCAGGAGUGACUCAAACAAGUCAUCACAGUCCCAGUCCAGUGGCAGCUAUGUAAGUGACACUGAAGAAGCCAGGCAUCAGACAAACAUCCAGCCAGAGCCAGAAGAGAGCACUAGGACCCCGUGUCCCUCCUUCACCCAGUGCACAGCAUCAUGGUGGAAGAAGAGUAGGAUAAGGUACACUGGAGCCCCAUCACACGCUGUAAACAUCCACACACAAACUGGCACAGACUGCUUCCUCAGCAGUGAGGAUACGCAGAAAAAUGCUGCAUAUAUUCCGCUUGCUCAGGUCAAUAAGAGGCUGGACUCACUGAAUGAUUCUGAUGUUGAUUCUGAUGAUAUCCAAGUGGCGAACUGCCAAUCAGUCAGUCAGCAGUCCCUCAGACAAUGUCCCACCGUAACCACAAGAGCAUCACCUCUUUCACAGUCAGUUUCACAGAAAAGCCGCAAGCCACGCAGCUGGUCUCUGAUCAGAGAGAAGAAAGCAGCACGGACCCUGUGCGCCAUCCUACUGGCCUUCAUUGUGACGUGGACGCCCUACAACAUCAUGGUGCUGGUGUCCACAUUCUGUGAGCACUGUGUUCCUGAGGGGCUCUGGCAGUUGGGGUACUGGCUUUGCUACGUCAACAGCACGGUGAACCCAGUUUGCUAUGCAUUCUGCAACAAGCACUUUCAAGUCACCUUCAAGGCUCUGUUACUCUGCAGGUGGAAGGAGCAGAGGAAGGGGAAAAGAUGGACUGUUUCACAGGACAGCUAGUCAACUCACUAGAGACUGUGGGUUCCUCUCAUUUUUUAAUUGCACAUCCUUGUUUCCUUUCCUUGCGUCCUCAGAGAGGGGAGCUAAUGAGAUGCAAGCACAAGGGAAUUUGGCAAAUGAGACGUCCUUGCUCAUUGAAGUGGCAAUUAUUGAGACUUGUUGCACAAUUGCAUGGUCUAUCACUCGUCAUUACACACACUUACACACAGUGUAAUUAACAACUAAUUUACCAUCAAUCAAAACAUUACGUCAUAUGUACAUUGCAUUCUUAAAUGCCUCUAACUUACCUAUGGGCAUAUCAUAAGGAAAUUCCCUCACAUUUUACCCAUUGUUUUUUUUAUAUAUAUAUAUAUUUUUUAUUGUUAUUAUUUUUCUAUCUGUUUUUGGGGAAGUGCACAAUUUUUACAAUCAUGGGUUACAAAAAAAAGACAUAUAUAAGAGGCAACUGUUAUCCCCAUUUUCAGAUUCCUCUGAACAAACAUAAAGAAUUGAUACAUCCAUGUUGAUGAUGACGGGCUGAUGUCCAGGGCUGAAGUCCAGGGCUGAAGGAUGUAGAAUCGAGAGUAUUAAAAAUAACACUUUUUAUAAAAUUGUGGAGAUUCUUACAGUAUUUGCUAGCAUAAAGCUGUGGAUUUCUUGAACAGUUAACUAUUAACUUUGGUUUUGGUCUCACUCCAGGUUAAGUUAAGAACAGCUUGGACUAUGAAAAAUGAGGAUGAAGGCACAAAAAGAACAGUACACAGAGACAAAGACCGCUAGAGCUUUCCUUACUCUUUGUGAAUGCUAUAUUGGGCUAAACAGUCCAUAUUGUUUUGUGUUUAUUGUUAAAACACUGUUCAAGUCAGGUGUUUAUGUGCGG